UCGUCCUUCUCGGACCAGCGCUUAGCCUAGUUGAUCUCUAUUGUCUUGCAGAGAGCAGAGAAAGAGAAAAAGAGAUUCAGACUUUUAGAUAUUUGAAGAUUCCAAAUUCCGCUGAUUUGUUUUUCCCCCCUCUUCCCGCGAAUUUUUGUUCGCUAAUCUCUGAAUUGACGUUUUUCCUGAAUCAUACACGGCCGAUUGGAAUUGCGAUUCUCCGGUGAAACUAACCUUACUGGCAUGGCUGGAACCUUGACGCCAGAGAAGAGCCCCCUGCUAGAGCCGACGAGCUCGAGGUCGGUGACGGAGACGGUGAAUGGUUCGCAUAAAUUCGUGAUUCAAGGGUAUUCGUUAGCGAAGGGGAUGGGAGUUGGAAAGUACAUUGGCAGCGAUUUGUUCACGGUCGGAGGGCAUCAGUGGGCAAUUUACUUCUACCCCGAUGGUAAGAAUCCUGAGGAUAAUUCAGCCUACGUUUCUGUUUUCAUCGCCUUGGCAAGCGAUGGUACGGAUGUGAGGGCUCUGUUUGAACUCACGCUUUUGGAUCAGAGUGGGCAAGGAAAGCAUAAGGUUCAUAGCCAUUUCGAUCGGUCACUCGAGAGCGGGCCAUAUACACUAAAGUAUAAGGGUAGCAUGUGGGGAUACAAGCGCUUUUUCAGACGGUCUUUGCUUGAAAGCUCUGAUUAUCUGAAGGAUGAUUGCCUGAAAUUCAACUGUACAGUUGGAGUUGUAGUCUCAGCUGUAGAUUGUCCUCGACUUCACUCAGUUAAGGUUCCAGAAUCUGACAUUGGAGCUCACUUUGGCAUGCUAUUGGAAAGUAUGGAGGGUUCAGAUAUUACUUUUAAUGUGGCUGGGGAAAAGUUUGCUGCUCAUAAGUUGGUGUUGGCUGCUAGAUCCCCAAAAUUUCGCCUUGAAUUAUUUGGAGGUGUAGAUGAGGAUGAAGAGGAAAUUACCGUGACAGAUUUAGAACCUAAGGUUUUUAAGGCCAUGCUGCACUUUAUCUAUCGAGAUACCCUUACAGAUGAGGUGGAUGUGAUCCCGUCAACCUCAUCUAGUGAAUCCUCUGUAUCUGAGACAUUAUCAGGAAAAUUGUUAGCUGCAGCGGACAAGUAUGGCUUGGAGAGGCUAAAGUUGAUGUGUGAAUCUCGUAUCUGCAAAGACAUCUGUGUAAAUUCUGUUGCUGACAUAUUAACCUGGGCUGACCGAUGCCAUGCAAAAGAGUUAAAAGAUGUUUGCUUAAAAUUUGCUGCGCAGAAUCUAGCAGCUGUGAUGAGGUCAGAUGGAUUUCAGUCCAUGAAAGAAAAAUGCCCUUGGCUACAGUCGGAGAUGUUGAUGACAAUUGCAGGGUGUGAGAAUGAUUACUGCAGUGCUGGGGGGAAAUCUCGGAGUGUGUGGGCCCAACUUUCUGAUGGUGGUGAUUCAGAUGGCAGGAGGGUCAGGCAGAGAACCUGAUAUCUCAUGUCAGGCUUUACUCUGAUUAUCAUGUGAAUGUUGGCGGUAAAACCAAGAAAAUAUGAAAGAAAAUGAUGAUGGAGUGGGAAGGCCCUCUUCUGGUCAACUUUUCAUUUUGCCCUACUUCAAUGGAACCUGUUCAUUUUAAAGAGAAGUUAAAGUAGUUGAUAUUAUGCGGUUUUUUUAGUGGUGAAAAGAAGUUACUAGGCUGUUUAGGAUGAUAGGUUAUUGUACUGUGUAUAAAGAUAGUUAAUUUGCAGCGAUUAUUAUUUGGGAUGCCCUGACAUGAAACUCAUAAAGUGUUUUUGACACGAUAUUUCAAGUCAUGCUCAUGCGAGGCCGUUGUGGAAUUGUAUGUUCUCUUGUGCACGAGGCAUGCAGUGUGUCUGUGCCGGUGAACAUCAUGUCUCUAUCUUGUUCAUCCAACGGCUCACGAGCACACAUCUUCAAAUGUGCUGCAAGUUGAAGAUUCAACCUGAAUCGUGCUGUUGGUCAACCUAAAAUGAAAGGAAAAUCGGGCAAAUCUUCGAUGCAGCUAGAGCAAGAAGAAGGUGUGAAUGAAUUUUGGAUCCUUUAAUUAUUGAAGUGAGGAGAAAUAGUGUGUGGGACUCACAUGAAACACACUAUGACAGGUGAGCCGAAUCUUUUGCUCUCUCUUUUUAAUGGAGCAAUUAAGCAAUUAAGGGAAUCCUAAACCUGACUUGUACUGCAUCUUAUUGUCAAGAUGUGGAUGAUGAUAGAAGCUGAUUCUUAUUUUAUAUAUGCCAGUUUUGUAAUACAAGAUUUGGCAUAUAGGUUGUUAUUACUGGGCUGAAAUGGGCAGUGCGCUGGAGUUUUGAACAUGGGACGUAUCUUUUUGCUGCAGCCCAUUUUCUUUGCUGUUCCUAGGAAGGACCAGAAAGUGAUUGUGUGCAGUUUCAUUUCUCAUGGCUGUACAGGACUCAUUUUGCGAUUAUCAUGUAUGUUGUAUGUGAUUUGGAAAAGUGUAAUGCAAGUGUUGAAAUCUAGAGGUAGCAGAGUGAAAAUAGUAUCCUUUUUGGGCUCUUUUUUCCUUUUUAAUAUAUACAAUUAUCUGAUAUUCAAUACGGUCAUGUUAAAUUUGAGUAUUAUAAAGUUAAAGCAAGGUUUCA